AAGAGAUAGCUGAGAUGACAGCUAUUUGCCGGGGGGGGACAGGAGGCGGUAGACAUGUAAAAGAGGAUGUAACACGCUGGGAAAACACAAGUCAAGAAUGAGUGAAACAGAGCUUGAGAUCCUGCAACAACUCGAGUCUGACCGACAGCGACUGCAUAUGUCAUACUCUAACAUCGAGCACCGAGUAAAACCAGUGUGGAUGAAACAUCGAAAAUGGCUACUUUUCCUCUUAAGCUGCAUCUUACUUGCUGGCAUGGUGGGACUAAUCAACCAUCUGGCUCACCAUUUCCACACUGUUACUCCGUGUCUCUCUCCUGCCUGUCAGUGGGCUUCAGCCCGUCUCUCCACAUCUGCUGAUCCCUUCACGCAACCCUGUGAUUACUUUCUGUUCACAUGUGGAUCAGACAGACUUUUGCUGGACAGUGAAAGGCGACAAAGAAGUCAUGGUUUUACUUUACAUGCAGAAAACCAAAGAAAGUCUGUGCAGUCAAAGCAGGAAGACGGAGGACUAAGAGAGAAUAAAACACUGAGCAGAAAAGCUGUGUUGCUGCAGUAUCUCAAGAAGAUUUUAGAAACAGACAGCGGGAUGAAUAGUUCAGCAGUGCAGAAGACUAAAGGAUUCUACAAUUCCUGUCUGGAUACAAAAUCUAUAGAAACUGCUGGCGCAGACCCCUUCCUCUCACUCAUAAAGAAACUGGGAGGCUGGGCCGUAUCGGGGCAGUGGAAUCAGACUGAUUUCAACACCACCUUGGGAUUGCUAAUGAGAGACUACAAUACCUUUCCAUUCUUCAACAUCUAUGUGGGCAAAGACCCUUAUGAAGCAGCACGUGGGAUUAACAAAAAAUACAUACAGAUUGAUCAACCUGAUUUGUUGAUCCCAAUUGAAUGGAACAGCAAGACAGAGAAGUCUAGAGCUAAAACUGAGACUCUACGUCCUUUCUUGGCCUCGUGUCAGCAAUACCUCAACCUGCUGGGUGCCCCGAAGAGCAGCAGCUUGAUCCAUGUGGGCUCUUUCGUCUCUCUGUCCUCUCAGCUUGCUGUGGCAUCUUCACCCCUGGACUCUCGCCUGUCCAAAGGACAGCUCUACCAGCACAUGACCAUCAAAGAGCUACAGAGACAAGCCCCUGCUAUUGAUUGGUUGGGCUGCCUCCAGGCUGCUUUCUAUCCCCUGCCCCUCAGCGCAGAUGACGAUGUCCUUCUGCAUAACUUACCCUACAUCGUGCAGAUGUCCAACACCAUCAUCAAAUGGCAGAACAAGCCUGAACUGAGCAACAGCGCUCCCCUUCAUACUUUUAUGGUCCUCAAUCUGCUGCACACCCUGAUGCCUGCCAUGGACUCCAGAUUUUUUGAAACAGCAAAGAACUUUUCUAUGGCUUUGGGUAACAGUGAAGAGGAAGCUCCUCGCUGGAAACACUGUGUGCUGGAAACUGAGAGAGGAUUUGAUUCAGUUCUCACACAUCUUCUCAGUAAAGUGACAGCACAGAAGGAGGCAGAGAAGAUUAUUCAAAGUGUUUUUCACUCCUUCAAGUCCAAACUAAAUGAGUUUGAGUGGACAGAUCAGACAUCUCGUCAGCUUGUCAUGGAAAAGGUUGAUUCUGCAAUUCCAAAACUAUGGACUACAAAGGAGCCCUCUAGUGAAGCCAAGCUUGACCUGCUUUUUUCGGAGAUGAUAGUCAGCAACCAAAACUUCUUCUCCAACUAUGUCCAGCUUCUAUCCCUGCGGCAGAAGAAACGCAUUGAAGUCCUGAUCACCGAGCCUGAGGAUAUUGAUAUACUGUCUGUCACACCAUUUCUCUUUGGUAAAAAGCUCCUCUUUCCCUUGGGAAUGUUUGUACCUCCACUUUUCCAUCCAACCUAUCCUAGAGCCAUUAAUUAUGGUGCAGCUGGUUUCCUUGUUGCUAAAGAUAUCCUCCACCUGCUUCUGCCUGACAUUUCGUCUCAAAGUAAGACCGUGAAUGCUGUGGGUGAAUGUGUGUGGACUCACUACCUCACAGUGUCAGAAAAGGCAGGCAGAGGUGGAGGGUUUCCGCUGUCAGCAGCACAGCAACAGGAGGUGUGGGUGCAGUAUACUGCACUGCAGGUAGCGCUGCAGGCUUAUCAUCAGAAUCUAAUGCAACAGCCUAAUGACACGUCUCUCUCAGGAAUCUCAUAUACUCGCUUGUUCUUUAGAUCCUUUUCUCAGAUUAACUGUGAAGCUGAUCCAUACCGUGACUCCAUGCCUUUUAAACCCUCCUUCUUGAUCACAGUCAUUUGUGCCAAAUAUAACCUGUGUCCUACAAGCCCGCAGUGCUCCAUUCAAACCAAGCAGAAUUCAUUACAAGCAUGCUGACCAGUCUCCUCUGAUUUGACAUAAAAGGUGUACCUACCAUAAGUGGGCUACAACCCAAAGCACAUUUAUGUAUUUGCUUUUGUUGUAAUUGUUAGGUUGUGUCUGCAUGUUGUAUAAUUGCGCAAGCGGUUUAGUUUUGUUUGUUUUCAUUUUUUGAAAACUGUUGAAACCUUGUUUCCAGCUUUGCUUUCAGUGAUGAAAGUUGCCAGAAAAGGGACAUUGGAUUGAACAACAAAGUUCUCCUACUUAAAGAUGAUUUUGUUCAUUUAACUUUAACCAUCUUGAGUGGAAAAAGUAAAAGUUAAAUUCAAAAAUGGCCUCUUAUUUUAAAAUAAAAUCAUCCGAGAUGAGUGGGAAAAUGUAUCUUUGCUCAAACUUCAUAUAAAUAACAUAAACGUGUAAAAAAAAUCCAUGAAUUCUGAAAAAUAUCCCCACCUGACCCGCAGCGUAUCUUCUGAUUUCUGUACACUAACUUUAAAAUGUAAAACAGUUCUGCAAAUUGAAGUACAUAAUUGUAUACAUAAGGAAUCAAAGCUAGAAGAUGAACCUAUCAAAAUGUAGUUAGUAGAAGCCAUAUGCACCCAUCUGUCCCACAUGGUAAUAUGACCUGAGAAAGAUGACCCAAAAUUUCCUCUAGUUAUUAUUAGAAAACACAUAAAACAUCAGGAUAGCAAUGCUUGUUUCUCUUCAGGGGUGUCAAACAUAAGGCCUGGGGGCCAGAAUCAGCCCAACAAAGACUCUAAUCCAGCCCAUUAAAUGGCUUUGGAAAAUGUGAGAUUUUUAACUGUAUUUUAGAGCUUUUCUUCUCCCAUGGCAAUUCACACUACACCAAAAUGAUUACGUUAUAAAUUUAUGUAUUUUACACCUUUAUUUCUUAUCAUUUAGGCCCAAAGAAUCAUCUAGAGAGAUUUCUUUCAUUUACUACAGCAGCAUUUCUUUAUUAUGUAAGUGAAGUGUACUUUUAAAAUUGCACUUUUUUCUUUUUCUUAUAUAAAAUCAUUUGACAUCCCUGCUCUACAUCACAGACAUUAAACUAGUGCAAUUUCACUUUUUAAACUAGGAUUUAUCCCAUGAUGUUGAUGCUCAAAGUUGCUUACACACAAACACACACACACACACACACACACACACACACACACACACACACACACGCACACACAAAAUAUAUUGAACAAAAGUUAGACUUUGGCUUCAGAAUGUUACAAUUGGAAGUGGGUUUAAAAUUCAUUUGGCUUCAUUUAGGUGAGCAAACAUGUGUUUUUGAGCCCUGAAAUGCAGUGACUAAAAAUAUCUGGUUCAUAGUAACAAUGUUGCUGAUAAUCAGUGUUUGUGUUUAUUGUACUUUUCUAUCCAACUGCUUAUCCAAGGAUAGGAUGGUGGGGGUGCUGGAGGCAAUUCCAACUCUUAUGAGAUGAGAGGCAGCAUAUACCCUUCACAGUCUUCCAGUCCAUCAUAGGGCUAAUAUAGUUACACUCAAUUCAGAAUGACUAGUUAAACUGACAGGGAUGUCUUUGCACUGUGGGGGGAAGCUGAGGCACCAACAUUUCUGUUCCUAUCAUUUAUUUGUCUUUAUCGCCUAUAGGUACAUGUCAUGUAAUGUCUAUUUUCAUCAAAUGCAUGCACUCAAAAUAAAGUAGUCAAAAAAAACCUACUUAUUGAUACUUGAGUGGACCCAUCAAUUAUUUUGAAUAACUUCCUGACUCAGUUAAGGCUCUGGACCAGCAACUGAAGAACUGUUAUUUUUCAAAAUGUCACAAAAUCAGCAUUCCUAUUUUAAACUCUGACCAAUACCUGUCAGUGAAACUCAGUAGAGGAGUUUCCAUCAUUUCAGAUUUCUUCCUUAAUUAUGAAAUAGUGUGUAAACCUCAAAAAAUGCGGAGGAAAGCCACUGUUACAAACUCCACGCAGCUGAGUGCACUGGGAAAUGGUGCGAGCGAGAAGUCAGAAGAAAACACACAUUUGAAGGUGAUAAAACAGAUAGAAAGACCUUCUAAAACUCCAGCUGGGAAAGGCCUCGGAAAAGCAGGAGCCAAACGUUUGGGCCGACUACUGAAACGAGCUAUCCCUAACCAGGAUGAGGCGACAGGAAAGGCGAACGCUUCUCUUCCCAAGACUCCCGUCCGGCUUUUCAAGCAUCAGAUUCAAACAGAGGCUGGAAAUGCACCCAAGACAAAUUCCGCAAAGCCAACCUCGCCUCACAUCUCCCAGCUCAUCCUCAGUGUGGUUUCCCAGUGCAAACACAGAGGCGGCAUCUCCAUGGCAGAACUCAAACAGAUGCUGGCAGCUGGAGGCUAUGAUGUGGCCAAGAACAACAGGCGAGUGAACAUAGAGACCAAGAGGCUGGUUAACAACGAGACACUUGUACGAACUACAAGAAAUGCAUCAUUCAGACUCAACCAUAAGAAGCUGACAGACAUAAUUCAAGUAAGGACGAUCCCAGUGAAGACUCCAAAGCCAAAAGCAGAGCUGAAGCUGACUCCGAAAACAGCAACAAGCAAAUCCCCCAAAGGAGCAGAGAACCAAAAGAGACGAGUAUUAAAGCCAAACCAAACCAAACCAAAGAGCAAAUCACACCAAACAAGGGCAACACCUCGAAAAGUUAGAUCACCCAAACUAAAACCUAAGCCUCGCAGAAUGGCGGUCACAUCACCCAAACUAAAAUGCAAGCCUCGCAGAAUGGCGGUCACAGCGCACAAACUAACACGCAAAACUCGCAAAGCGGCAGCCAAAUCACACAAACAAAGAAGGAAGACAACCAAAGGAAGAAAAUCACCAAAACCUGCUGGCAAGAAACGCAGACCUGCAACAAACAGGGGCGCACGAGUUCGAAAGGUACCGAGGAAGGCUCAAAAGACUCGGAGACGCCGACCAAACCAAGUUCAAAAUCGACAUAAAAAGCAAGCAAGACGAAGGCUUCCAAAAUCAAAGUUGAGAUCGAGGAAAGGCACUUACUACUACCGCUAGGCUGAGUCUUCAUGGUAAACAGUAAUAAACAGAACCCCUUUUAGCAUCCUGAAA